UUGGAAUAGUUUAGGGAGUGAAAUGACGUGGAAAAUGCACACUUCUUUCAGGGAUGAUGGUAGCGUUAUUUGGAUCCCAUUUGGGAGGUUUUGGGGAUUGAGAGGGAGGAAGGAGGGUUUGAAGAGGGGUUGGAGGAGAGGAAGGGAUUGUGGGAAGAAGACUGAUUUGGUAGGUGUUGGGAGUUUGGGGUUUGAGAGCUUUGAGUUUUAUUAUUUUGGAGGAAGGAUGGUUAUUGUUGUUUAGUGGAGUAGUUUAAUCUUCAAAGCUUUCUGUUAUUUUAAUGCUCGCAUUUGCAAUUUCUUCGGAUUUUUUUCCAUUUUCUUCAAAUUUAAUGCAUCAUCUAUUUAAUUUAUAUUAAAGCGCUGAUUUAAAACUUUUCUUUUUGUUAAUAAGAGGAUCAACUAUAUAUUAAAUGGAACUUUUAGUUGGUAGGCAUCAAAUUUUAUUUUAAAGUUUUAAAUCAUCAAUUAAAAUUAUCUGAAUUUUCUAUUAUAAAGUGAAGAAUUUACAAAAGAAGCUUUGAAAAGUACUUGGGCUUAACUCAACAAAGAUAUGAUUUCAUAAAAAAUCAUUAGCAUAUAAAUGUAGGCAAGCAAGGUUUUGAGACAAACUGAAAGAUGAACAUAUCUUUGAGUAAAUAUAUAGUACACGUGGCCACGAAAAUGAUGACGUAUACAAGGUUUUAUGAUUCUAAGAAUUUCCUCGUUGGUGACGACACGCUUUGAUAUCAAUUCAAACUAAUUAAAAUUUACUAUAAAAUAAGCCUAUUAAGAUCUAAAAUACGUCCUUUAUAUUGAUUUUAAAGAUUCCAUUGUCAAAUGAGCUCGUCCACGAGAUUUCACUCUCCAUUAGCUUUUCCACAUCUGAACAACAACAGACAACUCCAACUCUCCACCAACCCUCUCCACUUCCCUAAACCCCAAAACCCUACUCCAAAUCCCCUCAAAACCGAACUUCGCCCUAAUAACCUAUACGAACCCUCUUCUCCCAGACUUCCUCUCCUCACCCAUCAUCUUAA